ACGUGGCAGCAUAUACGCCCUCCGUUUCUUUUUUCCCUUACUAUUUCAUUGUCAUCUUUCCCUCCACAAAAUCCCCGAUACCAAAAAAUCAAGCCGAUAAAAUCUAAAACUACACCGAAAAAUGCGUUGAGCAGAAAUUGAAUUCCUGACCUGAAACGUCGUCGUCGCCGUUGCCGUCGCCGACAUGCUUCUUCUGCCUCUGCCUAGCUCCACUCGCUUCCCUACCGUUCAAUUAGCUUCCUCUCCCAUUCUCAUCCGCCACCACCACAUCUUCCACGCGCCUCACUCUCUCCCCGCCGCGAUUUCCACCUCCGCCGAAUCUCACCUCCCUUCACUCCCCUCCUCCUCACGGCGUCGUUUCGAUAACUACGACACCGACCACGCCGCCGUCUCCCGCUACGACUUCACUCCACUCCUCACCUUCCUCUCCUCCUCCGCCCCCUCAUCCGCCUCAGCUCAUGACGUCACUGACUCGGCCCCGCCGACGUCACUCGACCCGGCCGAGUUCCAGCUCGCCGAGUCCUACCGGGCCGUCCCGGCCCCGCUCUGGCACUCCCUCCUCAAGUCGCUCUGCUCCUCGUCGUCGUCGUCCUCCCUGAAACAAGCCUACGCGCUCGUCUCGUGGCUGCAGAAGCACAACCUCUGCUUCUCGUACGAGCUUCUCUACUCGAUUCUUAUCCACGCGCUCGGACGCUCCGAGAAGCUCUACGAGGCGUUCCUGCUCUCCCAGCGCCAGACGCUGACUCCGUUGACCUACAACGCGCUCAUCGGCGCGUGCGCCCGCAACGGCGACCUGGAGAAGGCGCUCAACUUGAUGUCCAGGAUGCGCCAGGACGGUUACCGGUCGGAUUUCGUGAACUACAGCCUGGUAAUUCAGUCGCUUAAUCGGUCAAAUAAAGUUGACUCUCCAAUUAUGUUGAAGCUUUAUAGGGAGAUUGAGUCUGAGAAUGUAGAAAUUGAUGGACAGUUGUUGAAUGAUUUGAUUGUUGGUUUUGCGAAAGCCGGUGAGCCUAGUCAGGCUAUGCAUUUCCUUGCUAUGGUGCAGGCAAGUGGUUUGAGCCCGAAAACUGCCACGCUGGUGGCGGUUAUUUCGGCAUUGGGGAACUCUGGCAGGGUGGUUGAGGCCGAAGCGAUUUUCGAGGAAAUGAAGGAGGGAGGGCUGCAGCCGAGGACUAGAGCUUACAAUGCACUGCUGAAGGGGUAUGUGAAGGCAGCUUCUUUGGAAGAUGCUGAGUCGAUUGUGUCGCAGAUGGAGAGGAGUGGCAUUUCGCCGGAUGAGCACACAUACAACCUCCUUAUUGAUGCUUAUGCCAAUGCCGGUAGGUGGGAGAGUGCGAGGAUUGUGCUGAAGGAGAUGGAGGCUAGCAAUGUGCAGCCUAAUUCGUAUGUUUUCAGUAGGAUUUUGGCUAGUUAUAGGGAUAGAGGGGAGUGGCAGAAGUCAUUUCAGGUAUUGAGGGAGAUGAGGAGCAGUGGGGUGAUGCCUGAUAGGCAUUUUUACAAUGUGAUGAUUGAUACUUUUGGGAAGUCUAAUUGUCUUGAUCAUGCUAUGGCGACCUUUGAUAGAAUGUUAUCGGAGGGGAUUCAGCCGGAUACUGUUACCUGGAAUACCCUUAUAGAUAUUCAUUGUAAGUCAGGACACCACGCAAGGGCAGAGGAGUUGUUUGAGGAGAUGCAGGAGAGUGGGUGCGCGCCUUGUGCCACCACCUUUAACAUCAUGAUAAACUCCUUAGGGGAGCAGGAGAGAUGGGAUGAGGUGAAGGGCCUAAUGGGUAAGAUGCAGAGUCAGGGAUUACUUCCAAAUAUCGUUACUUAUACCACGUUAGUUGACAUAUAUGGGAAGUCAGGGAGAUUUAAUGAUGCAAUAGAGUGCUUGGAGAUAAUGAAGUCUGCAGGCAUGAAACCAUCGCCAACUAUGUAUAAUGCCCUGAUCAAUGCCUAUGCUCAAAGAGGUUUGUCUGAGCAAGCACUGAAUGCAUUCAGGGUUAUGAGAGCGGACGGCUUCAAACCUAGUCUGUUAGCUCUCAAUUCAUUAGUCAAUGCAUUUGGUGAAGAUAGGAGGGAUGCUGAGGCCUUUUCCGUGUUGCAGUACAUGAAGGAAAAUGAUGUAAAACCAGACGUGGUUACAUAUACCACACUUAUGAAAGCCCUUAUUCGUGUCGAUAAAUUUUAUAAGGUUCCAGAUGUGUAUGAAGAAAUGAUUCACUCUAGGGUAACUCCUGAUAGGAAAGCUAGGGCAAUGUUACGGUCUGCCCUGAAAUACAUGAAACAUACACUGAAUCAUAGAUGAUACGAUUGACUCAUACAGUCAAAUUUACUUGAGUUCCACCUCUUAUGUUUGAUCGAGUCAGGAUUAUUACUAUAAAAGGUUAGGUCGCAACCCAAACAUGAUAUUCCUUUCUGAUGUACAAUGGCAUGAACUUAAAACUUGUGAAUCAAUUAUUUCUGAUGUACAAUGGCAUCUCCAAGAUGAAUUUUCCUUUGGUCAAAUGAUUUUGCAGGAACGAUGAUGGUUUACAGCGAACAUCAUGCAAAAGGAAUUGAAGUUCAAGGCCAAUCUUGCUCCACAGUUUGGAAACAAAGACACUGACCGAUGAAUACAAGAACAAUUGAAGAAACAAUCGAUCCCCUCGCUAAUUUCUGCUGUAAUUCUUUUUCCAUAAGCACCGGGGGAAAUACGAUUUGUUG